CAAAGGUCAUUUCGACUUCAUCGACCAAAUACUACUUCGCUAAUCGAACGAACCUCUCGGACGACAUAGUACCUCUCAGUCAAAUCCUUUCGUCAGCCAGUCGUUUGCUCGGUCCAAUAUAUAGCCAGGAUGUCGUCCUCAAUCGGCAAGAUGUCUCGGGAGGAGUUCCGACGGCAAAAGGACCUUGAUGCGGCGAGAAAGGCCGGCCAGGCUCCUGCCGAGGUUGACGAGGAGGGCAGGGACAUCAACCCACAUAUCCCCCAAUUCAUCGCCAAGGCGCCCUGGUAUCUCGAUUCUGGUCGGCCCUCGCUGAAGCACCAGCGCAAGCCCGAAGACGACGGCAAGGAUCACGUCGAUCUCGGCAACUGGCGCAAGCGAGGCAAGACGGCUGUGGCGGCGACGAAAUACCGAAAGGGCGCGUGCGAAAAUUGUGGCGCAAUGUCGCACAAGGCCAACGACUGCCUCGAACGGCCCCGAAAGAAGGGCGCCAAGUGGACGGGCAAGGGUAUCGCGGCCGACGAGGUCUUUGAAGAUGUCAAGGGCAUGGACAGCGACUUUCAAGCCAAGCGUGAUCGGUGGAACGGGUACGAUCCCUCUGAGCACAAGCUCGUGCAACAAGAGUUCGAGGCCAUCGACGAGGCACGCCGAAAGAGGCGAGAGGAAGAGAUUGACCAGCAGACGAGCACAGACAUGGGGACAGCCAAGAAGCUGGCCAAGCGGGAAAAGAAGACGGCAGGGAGCUCCAAGGACGACAUUGAUUUCGGCAGCAGCGACGAGGAAGACGACGACGAGGACAAGUACGCCGAGAAGGCCAACAUGCCUGGCCAAAAGAUUGACACCGAUAAGCGCAUCACGAUCCGAAACCUGCGUAUUCGAGAAGAUCGGGCAAAGUACCUCUACAACCUCAAUCCAGAGUCGGCCUACUACGAUCCGAAGACGAGGUCGAUGCGAGAGGCACCUGAUGCCGGAACGCGACCCGAGGACUCCCAGUUUGCUGGAGAUAACUUCCACCGAUCGCGCGGCGACGUGGCCAAGCUCAAGCAGCUCCAGCUCUUUGCCUGGCAGUCGGAGGCCCGCGGUAACGACGUCCACAUGCAGGCCAACCCGACGGUCAAUGAGCUGCAGCACCGCGAGUACACGCAAAAGAAAGAGAAGCUCCGCGACACCUUCAAGGGAAGCAUUCUCGACCGGUAUGGUGGCGCCGAGCACUUUGACAACGUACCCAAGGAGCUCCUGGCGGGCCAGAGUGAGCAGUACACAGAGUACAGCCAGGCGGGCCAACCUCUGCGAAAGGGUAAUCAACUGCUAGGUUCGGGGUCCAAGUGAUUCAGAUGCUUCUUCAAUGUAUUUUUAGGCUCUCGAUGAGGAACCGUCUGAUGUGAUGAAAGAG